GGGGCCGAACUUCGGAUUGGGAGGUGGGGGGCAGGAAAAGGCUGAACGCUUGCCACAGUCAGCCAGGGAAGGGCGGCAGAGACCCUGAGGCACAGGAGAGGAGCUGCAGGGCCAGGGAGCUGAACACACUCUGCGCAGGGCCAGGGUGACAGGCGAAGCCAUGUGGCAGCUGCUGAUCCCACUGGCCCUAUGGCUGGGCAUGGUGGGCCUGGGCAGAGCGGAGCUCACAGCGGCCCAGCAGCGGGGCCUGCAGGUGGCCCUGGAAGAAUUCCACAAGCACCCACCCGUUCAGUGGGCCUUCAAGGAGAUUGGCGUGGACAGCGCCACGGACACGCCCUUCCCUGCAGGGACCUUUGUGAGGCUGGAAUUUAAGCUCCAGCAGACGAACUGCCGGAAGAAAGACUGGAAAAAAGCGGAGUGCAAAGUCAAGCCCAAUGGGAGGAAGCGGAAAUGCCUGGCCUGCGUCAAGCUGAACUCUGCAGACAAAGUCCUAGGCCGGAUGGUCCACUGCCCCAUAUUCACGCAGGUUCAGAGGCAGCCCGAGGACCAGCACGAGGCGCAGUGCGGCCGGGUGGAGCGGGCAGGGGAGGACCCCCACAGCCACUACUUCCCAGGACAAUUCGCCUUCUUCAAGGCCCUGCCCUCCAGCUGAGACCCUGGUCCCGCGACCAGGACAGCUGCCGGAGGCGACGAGUGAAAGAACGACCUCCCGUCCCUGCGCCCAGGGAGGCCGACCCCAUCAUCCCUGAGCUAAUAAAACUGCUCCCCCAGA